AUGAUAGCUCCUUUAUUACCAGGUUUGGAACCGGUAGAUGGGGCGGCAGUCACACUGCUUAUGGAGGGAGUGGUUGAGAUAGAACUUGGUUCGUUUGUGCUGGUGGCCACUUCUGUGGUAGAGACAGGCGUAGAGGCUUCUGAUGUUGUCGAUGACGAGAGAGUGUUCGAAGUUGUGGUAGAGCUGGUGCUCGACGAUGUAGAUGCUGAAGAGGUGGAUGUACUCGACGACGAGCUCGAACUAGCGUCUGGACAGAUACCUGACGUGCAAGGGUCGCUUGAGCAGCACCCACGAAAGCUACCAGCCGAACAGACGUACCAUAGCUGUGAUCCUUCGCAGCUCGUGGAUAAGCGACGGGCUAAUGCCUCCAUCUCGAAAGGAUGCCUCGGCCAGCGGAGCGAAUAUAAUUGUUGA